CCAUGGCCGAGGGGGAUGCAGGGAGUGACCAGAGGCAGAAUGAGGAAAUUGAAGCAAUGGCAGCCAUUUAUGGCGAGGAGUGGUGUGUCAUUGAUGACUGUGCCAAAAUAUUUUGCAUUAGAAUUAGCGAUGAUAUAGAUGACCCCAAGUGGACACUAUGCUUGCAGGUGAUGCUACUUAGUGAAUACCCAGGUACAGCUCCACCAAUUUAUCAAUUGAAUGCUCCAUGGCUGAAAGGGCAAGAACGUGCAGAAUUAUCCAACAGUCUUGAGGAAAUAUAUAUACAGAAUAUUGGUGAAAGCAUUCUUUACUUAUGGGUGGAGAAAAUAAGAGAUGUUCUGAUACAAAAAUCUCAGAUGAAAGAACCAGGCCCAGAUAUGCAAAAGAAAACUGAAGAGGAAAAUGUUGACGUUGAAGAAGAUCUCAGUAACAAGUCAGAAAAUUCAGCUAAGGCAUUGGAUUUGAAUGUUGGUGAAAAUCAGCCAGAAAUAGAAAAAUUACCUCCAAUUGAUCACGGCGUUCCUAUUACAGACCGAAGAAGCACUUUUCAGGCACACUUGGCACCAGUAGUUUGUCCUAAGCAGGUGAAAAUGGUCCUUGCCAAAUUAUAUGAGACUAAGAAAAUAGCCAGUGCCACCCAUAACAUCUACGCCUAUAGAAUAUAUUGUGAGGAUAAACAUACCUUCUUGAAGGACUAUGAGGAUGAUGGGGAAACAGCAGCUGGUGGGCGUCUUCUCCAUCUCAUGGAGAUUCUGAAUGUGCGGAAUGUCAUGGUGGUAGUAUCACGCUGGUACAGAGGGAUUCUGCUAGGACCAGAUCGCUUUAAACAUAUCAACAACUGUGCCAGAAAUAUACUUGUGGAGAAGAGUUAUACAAGUUCACCUGAAGAAUCACCUAAGAGUUUGGGAAAGAACAAAAAAGUAAAAAAAGACAAGAAGAGGAAUGACCAUUAAUACUUGAAAUGAUGUAAAGGGUUAAUUUGCCCGUAAUUAUGUACAUAUUCCAUAGUCAUCACGGAAUAUACAGAAGACAGUAUCCUUGACUGCUCAA